AUGGUCAAACCAACGCUUCUCGUGGGCGCUAUGCUCGCCCUCGUCAUGUGCCUGGCUGCGACGACCGCCUCGGCGCAGCGGUCGCUGGCGUGCGAAACAGUGUGGAAAGGUCCGUCCUCUAACAACAGCCUACUGGAGUGCCUGGGGAACACGGAUCGCAUCCGGUCUCAGUGGCCCUACUACCUGUACCCCGGCUUCGCUGCGCUCGUCUUCAUCUUUACGGUGAUUGGGCUGCCGAUUGUGUUCUGCUGCCACUGCUGCCGCUACGGCAAGGCGUAUGAGAGGCCGAACGCGGAGGCAGAACUCGGCGUUGCCCGCUGCUGCCUAUGGAUGUGGAUUGUGAUUUCGGUGCUGGUGGCGUGCGGCGUGUGCGUGCUGCUGGUGUAUGGCUCCGUGUUACUGGAGCAGGCAGCCAAACAAAUUGUCCACGACACCGAGCAUCGCACGCUUGAUUACUUCAACAACACCCGUACGAACAUUGGGACACUGCUGACAAACUACAGCGCGGACCCACCGAUACCACCGUCGAUCGACUUUAGCGCCUUUGACGCGGUGAACGAGAAUAUUACCCACUACGUGCAUCUGGCACGCGACAACUACCUCAAGUACUUCCGCACUGCCGAGGUUGUGGCGUGCUGCGUCGGCAGCAUCGGUGUUUUCCUGAUGCUGUGCAUGCUGAUCUUUGCGCUGUGCCGCUGCAGUGGGCGCUGCCCGAUUGCGUGGAGCUGCCUGUACUUUGUGUUCGCGCUUGCAUUUGCGCUGCUUGCGGUGCUGUUCACGAUAUGCAUCUACGUGCUGUCCGCUGGCUGCGGCGAGGUGGGCCUGCAGUACAGCCGUGCGCCUGGCGUCUUUCAGUGGCACCUGGUGCCGUGGUGCGAGAAGGAGUUCAACUUCCAGGCGCUGCGGGCUCAGGUGCAGACUCAGGAGCAGCAGGUCUCGCAGAGCGCCUGCGCGCAGCUCUUGAACUACUGCGACAACGAUCCGGUUUAUUCGCUGGAUAAGAAAGACCACAUCUUCAUGUGCGGCAACGGCAUCACCGAUAAGAGUCAGUGCAACUCGCUGGACGACGUGGUGGACGUUGUUAUAGACACAUACGUGAAACCGAUGCUGACGAACACGCUGUGUGUGAACCAGACGGGCAUGAAGUUCCUGGAGAAGUGUACGCUUCUCUCCUGCGCAUCACGAUGUGUCGACUACAAACAUCCGCCUCUGCAUCCCAAGUCAGAAUCCAUUCAAAUUCUGCAGGCUGCCAGCUUUGCUGUGAAUGCGAGCACUGCGCUGUCGUACGUGUGGCCGCUGCUGGACUGCAACUUCAUCAUUGACAAGGUCGCCAACACGAUCCAGAGGCGGAACUACAACGUGAGCUUCACCACGCAGAGCGAUUAUGUGCGCAGCUGCUCUGCGGUCCGCACGUCCUCUGUGAUGCUGGGUACCGGCUUCUUUGUCGGGGCGCUCAUGUUCAUUCUCGGCAUUCACGUCAUGCAUCGCGGUGCCUCCAUCUGGGGUUCCGGCAAGCAGGACGAUGCAGUGCAGAAGACGAAGGAUGUUGCACCACCGGACACUGCGGUGGUGUCACCCCUGACAACAUCUUAA